AUGUAUCACAAUCAGCUUGCUGGUCAAAUUCCUACCCAACUAGUGAAUGUCAAGUCUCUCACAGUUCUUAAAGUGAACGACAAUCAAAUUAGUGGUUCUAUUCCUCUAGAGUUUGGAAAUUUAACUCAACUACAAAGACUUGAUCUGUCUUCGAAUCAUUUGAUUGGUGAGAUCCCAAAGGAGUUUGGGAAGAUGAAAAGUAUGUUGAAUUUGUGCUUGGCUGAUAACCAACUUAAAGGUAUUAUACCUCAGGAGCUUGAAUUCUAUGAAGUCUUGGAAGAACUCGAUCUCUCCAGAAAUAGAUUGAAUGGGUCGAUACCAAAAAGUAUUGAACUUGAUUUAUCUCAGAAUUUGCUCACAGAAGAGAUACCAUCUGAAGUUCAAAGUUUGAAAAAUCUACAAAAGUUGAAUCUAUCUCACAAUAGACUAUAUGGUUCUAUUCCAAUCGCAUUUACAAGUUUGCCUAGUGGGAUUGCCAUCGACCUGUCCAACAAUGAACUCACAGGUCCAGUUCCCCUUUCCUCUAACUUUGAGAACACAUCCUUUCAAGGAAAUCCAGGUUUGUGUGGAAACUUUACGGGACUAAAAAACUUUGUGCAACUCAAAUCUCGAAGAAGAAAAAUAACCCCUUUCAUCAUCGGCUCAUCCUGGUAA